AUGACAACACCUAACAAUACACCUACUAAUACACCUAUUAUCACACCUAUCACACCUAUCACUACGCCACUAAAAAUAAAUCUUACUUUUAAAAAAUCUUUAAUACAAUGGACCUUUUCGAUUGAAUUUGGAACACCACCUCAAACUUUUAAUAUAGCAAUUGGCACAACAUCAAACUUACUCUGGGUUGUCAGCGAAUUUUGCAUGAAUUCAAUUGGAAAUGCUUGCAAAGAUCAAACAACAAACUUUUUCAAUACAUUUCUUUCGAAUACUAUCUUGGGUAAUUAUCCAGAAUUGACAAUUAAAUAUAUUAAAGGAAGUAUACUUAGUGAUUUGAGUGAAUAA